GACGGGGCGGAAGAGCGGCGGAACUGUGUGCCAGGCUCCCUCGCUUCGGGACGCUCAUUGUGUCUGUCCUUCCUGGGACGUCGCCGCAGAGGCAGGGGCCUGUGCCCGGGGCUCCUCUUGUGCGGCAGGCGGGCUGGUGAGCCGGGUGACUGUCGGGGCCGCGGCCGGCCGGGUUGGCGGCGCUGGGAGCUGCCGAGUAGACCCUAAGCGGGCUGUGACGCCUUUUGACCACGUGAAAAACGCGCCAGUUACAACUGCCCUGUGAAUCGCUUCUUUUCCCCUAGAAGACGAGGAAACCGUAGUUUUGAGACAAGGAGAUAGAAUUUCCCCAAAAGUUGAAGACCGUGCAGUGGCAAGAAGCGGGGCUCUCUUGACAGCCGAUUUCGGAUUGAGGUCGCCAGCCCCAUCAUCAGCACUGAUGCAGGUCUGUUGUUCGUCUCUCAGGUUUUCGGGGGUUUAGAAGAGGAGCAUCCAUGCCUCUCCUAACCCAGCGCGUUCCGGACGAGGACGAGCAGUACUGCUUAGUGGCCAGCCUCGACAACGUUAGGAAUCUCUCCACCGUCUUGAAAGCCAUUCAUUUCAAAGAACACGCCGCGUGUUUUGCUACCAAAAAUGGACUCAAAGUUACCGUGGAAAAUGCAAAGUGUGUGCAAGCCAAUGCCUUUAUUCAGGCUGAAGUGUUUCAAGAAUUUACCAUUCAGGAAGAAUCUGUUACUUUCCGAAUUAACUUAACUAUCCUUUUAGACUGUUUAUCUAUUUUUGGAUCAAGUCCUACUCCAGGGACUUUAACUGCACUUCGGAUGUGUUACCAAGGCUAUGGUCAUCCUUUGAUGCUAUUUCUAGAAGAAGGAGGAGUGGUAACAGUCUGCAAAAUUAACACCCAGGAGCCUGAAGAGACUCUCGAUUUUGAUUUCUGUAGCACCAAUGUUAUAAAUAAAAUUAUCCUGCAGUCAGAGGGGCUGCGGGAAGCGUUUUCUGAGCUGGACAUGACGAGUGAUGUUCUGCAGAUCACCGUGUCUCCUGACAAGCCCUACUUCAGGCUAUCUACUUUUGGAAAUGCUGGAAGUUCUCACCUUGACUAUCCCAAAGAUUCUGACUUGGUGGAAGCAUUUCACUGUAAUAAGACCCAGGUCAACAGUUCUAGCUGUUCUGGAACUCACUCUGUAGACCAGGCUGGCCUCGAACUCGGAGAGCCAAAUGCCUCCCUCCCAAGAGCUGGGAUUAAAGGAGUGUGCCACCAUGGCCCAGCAACAGGUCAGUUCUUAAUAUAAAGGCUGCAUUGUUGAUAAAGAUGAAGUUAAGUACAAAAUUCCCAUAUAAAACCAAACCAGGUAAUUUUUAAUAUGUUAGAAAAUGCAUCACAUUAAAAAAAAGUAGAUGGGCUCUGGCUUUCCCGGGGAGGUUGGGGGUUGGGUUGUAAUCACAGGUAGAUACAGCGAGAGAGAAGACCAACUUAUUGGCAGGUAUCUGCUGCUAAAUAGUUCCUAGCUAACCAUACCUGGUGUUGUGUGCAUUGCAUUUAGUGGAUCCAAAUAACAGCUUUUCAUUUGCUCUCCUGCAGAUACAAACUUGCUUUACUGAAACCCUCUACAAAGGCAUUAGCUCUAUCCUGUAAAGUGUCUAUUCGGACAGAUAAUCGAGGAUUCCUGUCACUACAGUACAUGAUUAGAAAUGAAGAUGGGCAGAUAUGUUUUG